UCCACACCAUUCUUAAAGGCAUUAACUGAAUCAGCCAUCACAACAUCACCAUGUUGGUGCUAUAGUAAAAUAAUAAUAAUAUAUUCCAUUAUAUAUAAUAGUUAUGUAUGAACAAACCCACUAGUGCAUCAGAAAUCAGCCUACAGUCGUCAGUCUCUCUUUUUUUUUAUUUAGCUGAUUGAACUUCAUGUAUACCAAGUCCCAGAUAAUCUAUGGAACUUCAAGUUAAAUAAAGUCUCCACUGACUUGAUCAGUAAGUUCAUGUCAGUUGGGUUUAUAAGGUAAGUAUAAUCUUUAUUACCAAAGUGCAUAUCAUGUAAUUAUCUCCUUAUCUGCCAUUUUCAAUUAUGGCAACUGUAUGUAAAGACUAUUAUUCCAAUUUUUAUGAGAACCAGCAAUACCAUCUCUGCAUUGGCUGCUAGACUGGAGGGUGUGUUUAGUAUUCUGAGUUGAGAAGAACUGAGCAUGCCCAGUAGCCAAGUCAAAGGAAAUUCCUGAGGGAGGGAGGGGAUUGGAUAAGAGGAGGAAAAGGAAUCCUAGGUGAAUGCUGCAGCAACUGGAGAGCAAGUAUUUAAAGAUUUCAAAGAGGCUGAAUUAUUUAAAAAAAAAAAAAAAAUACAUAUCCUUUCAGUGGAUUCUGUCUUAAAAAAAAACAUUUUAAAAUAUUUAUAAUGCCUAAUUGAUGAUGGUUCAUUUUAUGUUAGUAAAUAUAUUUUUCAUAAAAUAACACACUUUUAAACUGGGAGGAAUUAUUUCUUUUGUUGAUAGCACAAAAUCCAUGUUGUGACAUUUGGACUGCAGCAUUUUAUCCUUGCACAGAGCCCUAUGUCAGAAUACAAGAUAAGCCUGCAAUGAAAAUCAUGAAAAUCAUAAAUUGCUGGAGUGGAUUAUUUAAAGCAAUUUAUAAUUCAAAUGGCAUUGUUUUGAUGCUGCAGCUUGGUACUGAUUUUAUGUUAUGCUCAUUGGAAAAAAAGUUGAAAUCUUUUUUAUGUAUUGCACAAGUUUCAUGCACCUGAUUCAUUUUUGGUAUAUUACAUCUUAAAACUAAUUGCAGACCAUAUCCAAAAUACCAUUUGCCUUUCAUUGCAGCUUCUUCACUCAGGAUAUUAUAACCUCUUUCCUUCCACUCAGAAUUUCUGAGGAAAAGGUUGAAGUUGUAUAACAGGGGGCCUGUGUAUUUUCUCUACAUACACUUCAUAUUCUCUUGAUGCAUGUUUGAAACUCUAAGGGUAGGACUACAUGAACGUUUUCUGCUUGAUUCAAAGCGAUGCAACAAAACGACGGAGUCAAAUCGCAUGUGACAUAAAUAUGGAAAUGUCGGAUGAAGUUGCGUCGGAUCAAAGCUGCUAAAUCAUUCGACAAUGCAUUCACUUACCUUAUUUCCGUCUCAUGCUAUUUGAUGCCGUCGUUUUGUUGCAGCGCAUCUGAUCGCCCCUAAAACAUCCAUGUAGUCCUACCCUUACUUGACCAAAAUAUUUUAACAUUUUACAUGUGCUUUUAUUUUAAUUUCAAAGGGUGUCACCUGACAUGAAACUGCAAACACUGAGAGAAAGACUUGGAGAAUACCUCGGUGACGACAUUGUACUUGAUAAGUUUGCUUUCCUAAAAUGUGUUGGGAGAAGCCUAGCAGUGGUAAAAGGAAAGCAAGAACACGAGUUAAGACUGAAGUCGUUUGCUCCACCUUAUGCUACGCAACCUGAAUUGUAUAUACUUAUGGGAGCAGAAUAUGAGGGAAGUACAUACGGUUCAUCCGUCAUUUCUGAUGAAUAUAAUACAUCGGACAGAUCAUCAUCUAGGCUUGUCCAACAAAGCAACAUCCAGUCAAUAAGUCACCCAUUUAGUGAAAUAAGUGUUAAAGAGCCCAUACCGUCUCGAGAAGAAAAGCAGGACAUCACUUCUACAUUUACCAGAAAAGAAGAAGACAUAGUGAAAAGCUUGAAUCUGUUUCAUCUUGAAGAACAAAAUCAGACCAAAGAGAAACAUAUUUUGCCUAUGGGACAAGGAAAGAUGCCAACAGCUGCUAGUAAAAUCACAGAACAUGAUACGGAUGCAAAAAAUAGCAAAGGAAGAAACACAACAAGGGAUUCUGGUAUUCCUGAAUCACUUGGUGGAAGAGAAACUGAUCACUUGCAGACGAACAGGUAUAAGGAAUUCCUAGAACAGCUUCUACCUUCAGAUUCUACCAAGAGCCACAGUGAAAAAAGGAAUGACCAGUUUGGUGAUAAUUCCUUUAGACCUCUACUGGAACCUGCACAGUACCAUGCUCCUCCAUCCCCUCCACCCCUGCUGGCUUUUCCUACAGUCAAAGCUCCAGUACCCAAGGCUGCAACACAAAAGGUAUCUCUGAUCCAACAGCUGAACCAACUUAAAGAUGAAAGAAUGCAAAUGGAGAAAACUAGGGAAGAGCUGGUCAGGAAAGCAAAGACUCUGAUUGAACAAUACAAACUAAAGAGAUACCAAGCUCGAAAUUCCUGGAAAAAGAAAUAUUUUGAAAGAAAAAAAGUCACAUCAAUGCUUGAGGAGACUCUUAUCAAGCAGCGUAAUGACUUGGAGGUAUACUACAAAAAACUAAUGGUACAACUUGCUGCCCGAGAUAGCAGAAAGCAUUCCAAAGCCCCAGCAUUAGCUACUAAUUCAAAGAAUUCUGUCAUAAUGUCAAUAACCACAAAACAGCAUGAACUUGGUCAACUGAAACGCAAAGUAGAGAAUGCAAGGAUCAAGCUUCUGAUUGAAAUCAAGAUGAGGAAACAAGCAUCGUCUGAACUGAAUGUUCUCAAAGCAGAGCUGGCACAGAAGAAGGCCCAGUCAUCAUUAAACACCCCACCAGUUUUUGCCCAUUGAACUAGCAAUCUGAAGCUUAGUCCAGAGUAUUACCCAGAACAAUAUGGGGCAGAUAUAUCAAGGGUCAAAUUGAAAAUUAGAAAUUUUUAAAGGGGACCCGUCACACAAAAAAAUAAUUUCAAAUCCUGUUUUAUCAUGCUAGUCAAGCAAAAUGAACUUUAA